AUGUCCAGAGAGGUAGAAGUUCCUCCCCACAAUGAACAUGCGCCUACUGAACAAGUAGGACGGCCUAGGGGCCCUCCCCAAGGGGACGGUGAGCCUCAGAGACGCUCUGAUGGUCCCCAAGACACCAGGAACGGAAAGGAUCCUCUCUCACAGCACAGCGCGAGUGCUGCCUCGACAGAUAAAGCUCAACAUGAUGAGAGGAGCCAAGAUCCUGGCACUGCGCCUCCACAAUCCACGCCUCCACAGCCUCGAGGCGCCUCGCCGCGACAGCGUGUGGCCGUUCGCUUUAUGCAGGGGAGGCGGGGGGUUCAGGAAGAUCGGCAUGUUGUGGUGUCUGACCUGCGGAGUCUACUGGAGAGUGAAGCGCAGACAGUUGUCGACUCGUGGGGAUGCUCCUCGACCUCGCUGGUUGCUCUUUUUGAUGGGCAUCGUGGAGUCUGCUGCUCGGACUUCUGCUCCUCUGUACUGCCCUCCAAACUCGCGGAUCUCCUUACGCGAAAGCUUCCGCAGCAAGCAGCAGCAACUCCAGCGGCUGCGGCGAAGUCGAACACGGGAUCGUCUCCCCCAGGAUCGUCCGUAGGAGCUGAGGGGGCGGGCACCCCCGAAAAAGGAGGCCUCAAGAAGACUCAGGAGCUGCAGUGUAACGACUCGACAAGCGCAUCGAGUCUCUUAGCCCCCCUUUCUGCUGCUUCCUUCUCCAGCCUCGCACCCCAAGGCUCCCCCCAAGACGCUUGUUUGUGCCCUUCUCUGAGGAAUCUCCUCCCAGCCUUACCAGAAGGUCUCCAAGGACUGCUGCCUUCUCUCUACCACCGCCUCUUUUCCGUCUACAAGCAAACGGACAAGGAGUUUAUCGCCAAGUACAAGACGAAGGCGAACGCGGGAUGCACUGCAGUAGCCUUGCUUACUGUGGGGCCCCUCGCGGUUGUCUCUUGGGUGGGAGACUCGCGCGCUGUCGCAGGGGUGAAGAAGGCUCCCUCUCAGGCCUCCUCUCCGAAGAUCUCCCUCGCAGGAGCUUCUGAGGAUGCUAAAAAGGCUGCUGGAGAGGACGACUCUUCUGCGCUGGUGGCGGUGCGGCUGACAGAAGAUCACAAACCGAGCAGGAUCGAUGAGAAGGCGAGGAUAGAAAAGGCUGGGGGUCAUGUGUUGAUGGUGGGGGGAGUCGCUAGAGUGGCUCCAGCGGACUACGAGGAGAGGACGAAGCGCUUGAAGCACGAGCAGUGCACUAUAGGGGGAGCUUCUCAGCAGCCCUCUACUCUCCUUGCCGUGUCUCGAUCCUUUGGUGACCGAGAUCUUAAGAGCGAGGGCCUCAUAAGUGCAACACCCGAGGUGGUCCUUCUGCCCCUCACACCUCAAGUCCGCUUUGUGCUCCUUGCAUGCGACGGCAUUUGGGAUGCUCUUACAGACCAGGAAGUUGUAGAUCUUGUGGCCAUGCAUCUGCACAACCCAGAGGAGGCUACUAGUCGUGUUAUCAAGACCGCUUUUGAGAGAGGCAGCCAGGAUAACCUCACUGCAAUGCUUGUAGUCUUCGACACCGAUACGCAAGCCUCAGAGACUUCUUGA